AUGUUAGAUAGAGAGAAACUAAUUAUUGAAGUGGUUGAUGACAAAAUUUUGAUCGAAUCUGAUAAUGGGAACUUUAUGGACAAAUUGAAUAUGAUGGAUGAUGAAAUUGUAGGCGUGGAUCUUGCGGCAAUGGUACCAGAGGUGGGAUUCCCCGUUAGAAAAAGGAAUUCAAAAAAGGAAGAUGAUGGGGUUGUGAGAUACAUGACAUUGACUUGUAGUCGCGAAGGCCGAAGAAUUAGUAAUACAAAUGUUUCUUCAAAAUCGUUGCAUCGCUACAAUCAAGAGUUGAGUGCACAUGUUAAACGGUGGCUUGAAGUGAACGGUACAGCAAGAAUCCCUUUGCAUAAAAGUUACAAUUCUGUAGUUGUUAAAGCGGGUGGGUACAAGAAUAUGACAUGCAUAGAAAAAGAUUAUAGAAACCAUGUGAAAAAAGUGAGGCAUUUAAAACUUGGAGAAGGGGAUGCCGCAGCGAUACAGUCCUACUUUUCAAGUAUGCAAGCAAGAUUCUCAAGUUUUUACUUUAGCAUGGAUUUGGACGACGAGUUAUGUCUGGAGAUUUUUUUUUUUUGGGCGAAUAACAUGUGUAGGCAAGCAUAUGAGGAGUUUGGCGAUGUUGUCACUUUCGAUACCACGUACCUUACAAAAAAGUAUGAUAUGCCAUUUGCCCCUUUUGUUGGAGCGAAUCAUCAUGGACAAUCGACGUUGCUUGGUUGUGGUUUGGCUUCAAAUGAAAAUUCAGAGACUUUUGUGUGGCUUUUCAAAACAUGGCUACAGUGCAUGCAGGGCCAAUCAUCUUCUGGGAUAAUUAUGGAUCAGCAUAGGGCUAUGCAGAAUGUAAUUCAUAUUGUGUUUCCCUUCCGCAACAGUUUCCAAACACAAAACAUAGAUGGUGCUUGUGGUACAUAUUGA